AUGCGCACCAAGAGUGACUUAAAGGCGCGUUUCGAAAUGACUGACAGCGGCAAGUGCGCAUUCGUGUUGGGAAUCGAGCUGGUGGACAACGACAGCGGUAGCGUGACGAUGUGCCAGCGACGCUACGUGGAAGAUGUUCUCAAGCGUUUUGGUAUGAGCGACUGCAAAGCCGUCACCAGCCCAACAGACAUCAGUUCUCGACUCAUACCAAGUACCGCAGCAACUAAAAUCGACGCCCCGUUUCGUAAAGCAGUAGGCGCUCUGAUGCACUUGAUGACCGCGACACGACCGGACAUUGCCUUUGCUGUGAGUUACGUUACGCGCUUCAUGGAUAAUGUUGUAACUUGA